AUGUCUCCUUUGCUUUUUGUGGUGAUUAUGGAGUAUUUGCAUAGAAAGCUGGACUGUCUGAGCAGAAACCCUAACUUUAAUUUCCAUAGCAAAUGUGAGAAGCUAAAGCUUGUGGAUCUGAGUUUUGCAGAUGAUCUUCUGCUUUUUUCAAGAGGGGAUAGUGUGUCUGUGCAUAUGAUGAUGGACAGGUUCAAGGAGUUUUCCAUGUCAACAGGGCUGCAAGUUAACCCUAGCAAAUGCAAACUCUACUGUGGUGGGAUGGAUGAUAGUGAAAAAAGAAGUGUUGAAGACAUCAUAGGGUUUAGUAGAGGUUCCUUGCCCUUCAAGUAUUUGGGGAUUCCCCUUUCUAGUAGAAAAAUUUCUAGUACUCAUUGUAUGGCUCUAGCUGAAAAGAUUGGAGAAAAGAUGAAACAUUGGAGCUUUCAGUUGCUUAGCUAUGCUGGUCGUGUGCAAAUGGUCAACAGUGUUGUUUUUGGGUAUACAAGGAAGGUGUGGGAAGAGGUCCUGGGCUGGAUGUGCAUUCAGCAUAAUAUUCAAGUGUGGAAUCAAGAGAUGCAAUGGCUCAUAAAAUUGUGCAAGAGUAGAAAUUGGAGGAUACAUUUUGUGAAAAUUGCUAUAGCCGAAACAGUAUAUGCUGUUUUGAUGGAUAGGAAUUCUAAAGUCUUUAGUAAAGAGAUAAGAGAAAAGAACACUGUGAAUAACAUUAUAGGAAAAAUUAUCAAUAGAAUUUGGGUUUAUCCCAAGUAUAGAGAUAGAUUAGCUCAUCUUUUGCUAGCUUAA